AUGGGCGUCUGUCUCUCCUGUCUUGGCAUCUCGCAUCAAUCGUCUAGCGACCCGGAACGCUCGCACCUCCUCAGUUCGGACGACCCUUACAACGCCUCUGGCUACGGGUGCGGAAGCACAAGUCAGGGACUGGCGCCACCACGACAUGUGCUCAAUCCAGAAGAUGUGAAGAGGGAGCAGGAGGCGCUGGAGCAAAUCACCAGAUGGACAACAGAUGCCGUCAUCGAUAUCUUCCCACACCAAGCUAUUCUGCUGUCGAACUCUAGCACCAAUCUCAAUCCAUCCAAUAUCUACGACCAGAUCCCAGGCGAUAAAUCCUCCAAACAUAUCCGAAUCUACCCAGCUUCUCGACCAGUUUCACAAGCCUCGACCGAAAACUCGAUGCGUAGCAGAUCUUCAACCCAGAACCGUGGGGCCAAAGCUGCUCAGCCGCGUAUAUUCAGGACGCUGGAAAUGCGUCCUGGAGACUGA